AUGAGCAGAUAAUCUUUAAGUCCAAGAAGUUAGAUGGAUCAACAUCUUUUUUCUUAAAUAACUCCUAGAAUAAAUCAUCCUUCCUCAUAAGAUUUAACUAUAGAAUAAUGUAAAAUCUAUUUAUUAGCAUAGAGCAAUAAUUUGAUAAUUUUAAACCAUUUUAGAAACUUCCUGUUCUUUAAAAAUAGGAAUAGAUUUAAAAUGUAUGUAAUGAAAAAGUUAUUUUUGAAAACAUGUGUUAUUAAGAUUAAAAUGAAUUGGCAAGGUCACCGAUAGGUUCUCCAAUUACUCAAAAAGUAGGAAAAAAUAUUUUUCAACUAAUCAAAAUUAAUAAUUUAGUGAAAAAGUUUAAAAACAUAUUGCUUUGUAGAAGCUAUGUUCUUACUUCAAGUUAGAAAGAAAAAAUUAAGAAUAAUCUUAUUUUCUAAGAAAAAUAUGUUUAAGACAAAAAAAAUAAUUCAUAAAAUAUUAUUUCAUUUGUUAUAGAUCCGACAAAUAAAUAUAUAAUUUUAUGGGAUAUAAUCAUGUUUUUUGUUAUAUUAAGCUUAAUUAUACUAAUACCUUUUUAUUGGAGCUUUGAUCGAGUAUAUCCUAUUUUAUAAAUAGAGGAAAUGUCUUUUUUUUUAAUAUUGCUGUUCUUAGAAAUAAUUUUAAAGUUAAAUAUAGCGAUAAUAAAAAAAGGAAAUGUAAUAAUACAUUAUAAUUGUAAGAUUAUAAAAACUAGAAAAAUCAUUGUGAAAAAAUACUUAAAAACUUCAUUUCUUUUCGAUGUAGUGUUCCUUUUUUUGGUUUAUUAUACAAUAAAAUUAGAGAAUAUAUUUAUCUUUAUAUCAUAUUGUGCUUUUAGUUUAAUUAAACUUUAAAAAAUAAUUGGCAAAAUAGUUAAAUUAUUAAAUUUAUCAGCGAUGCAAAGAGAAAUUAUAAGUUUGAUUAAUCUUGUAAUAACAAUUAAUCUUAUAGCCCACUUUAUGGCAUGUAUUUGGCAUUAUAUAGGAAUGACAACAAUUGAAUAUGAGAAAAAUAGUUGGAUUCUUCAUAAAAAUCUAUAAUAUGAUACAAAAUAAGUUAGAUAUAUAUUUUCAUUUUAUUGGGCUAUUGUAACAAUGAUUACUGUAGGUUAUGGUGAUAUAACACCAUAAAAUCAUGUAGAAGCCUUUAGUUGUAUAUUUCUUAUGUUAUUGUCUUGUGCAGUUUUUACAUUUUCUUUAAAUUAAGUAGGAACUAUAGUAUAAAAUAUAAAUAAAUAAAAAAGGCAGUUUUAGUAAAAAUUUUAAUUAAUUUUAGAGAAAUGCUAAGAAUUUUGACUUCUUACAUGCAAUAACACUCUAUACCGGAUUAACUAUAAAUUCGAGCUAGAAGUUAUCUAGAAUAUCGAUGUAUCAAAAGAAAUUAACAAUCAAAAUAUCAUGUAAUAACGUAAGAUUUAAUUUUAGUUACAAAAUAUUCUUGAAUAAUUAUCUUCAUUUUUAUAGUAAGAAUUAAUGUUAAAUGUUUUUAAAGAUUUACUUUAAGAUUGCAAGAUUAUAUCUCUUAAUUUUAGUGAAGAAACAAUAAAGAAAAUGUCAAACUCUCUUUAAACAGCAUACUAUUGCCCUGAUGAAUAGAUUUAUCUUUAAAAUUAAAUUGAUGAUAAUUAUUUAUACUUUUUAGAUUAUGGAAAAGUGGAGCUUUAUGAAUAGAACUCAUAAUAAAAAGUGACUGAACUUCAAAAAGGUAAAUAUUUUGGAGAAGAAUCUUUUUUUGCUUAAUAACCUCGUAAAUUCUCAGCUAUUAGUAGAAGCUUUACAAAAGUUUUUAGAAUUUCUUAAAACACUUUUUUAAAUUCACUAAAUAAAGAAGAACUCGAAGUUUAUCAUUAAAUAAGACAUUUAAUUUUAUUUAAUUCUUAUAUUAUUGGUCAAAAAUGUCAAAUAUGUUCUUAAUCUGAUCAUUUAAUAAAUAAUUGUUAAUUUCUUAAUUAUAGGCCAGACAUUGAAAAAUUAAUUCUAAAAGAUAAUUUAAAAAUAUAAAAUAGAUAAAAAUAAUAAAGAUUCAAUAGAAGAUCUUAUAAAGCAAUUUUAAUAUUAAAUGUAUAUUAUUGAUUUAUAUCAUGAGCAAUUAAAUCUAGCAUAAAAAGUUAUAGCAUAGAGUUAAGGAUAAAAAGAAAUCUUAUUGGAUGAUGAAGAUAAUUUAUCUUUAAUUCCUUAAGAUUAAGAAGUAAAUACAAAUUAAGAAUCUCCUGUUUCGAAAAGAAAAGAAAGUUUUCAAAAAUAAAGUGAAUCUUCUUUAAAAGUAGAUCUAAAAAAUUCUCAUGAUUCAAACAAAAGAAUUUAGUUUUUAAAAUCUGAUGGAUUUACAAGGAGUAAAUAAUUCUAAACUACUUAAUAAUUAAAAUAAACAAGUGAAACUGAAAUAAAAUUAAUAGGGGCAUAAAAUGAGAAUAAAUUCCAAGUAGGUCAAAAUUCAAUUUCUUACAAUUAAUAAAUGGUAGGAUUUGAUAAAGGAAUGGAAUUUAAAAAGUUUUUCCCUUAAUUUAAUCUUCAUGUAUUAAUAUUAGAAUAUAACAAAAAAGUAAAACUUUUGAAUAAAACUUCAAAAAGUAUUUAUUAAUUAUUUAAUCAUUCAAUUAAGAAAAGAGCAUCAGUAAGAAAAGCGAAGAGCUCUAAAUAUCUUCAAUUACAAUGA